GCCGGCACUUUGGCUGGCAGUCAACGCUUGGCGCGCGAACAGGGCGCACGCGUUUACGUCAUCCCCUGCUCCCACGCUCGCUCUCGAUCCCGUAAUUAACAUAAAUUGAAAUUAAUUAAUACAGUAUUACUGGUGUGUUGUGUGCCUCGAACUGGAUUAUUACGUGCUCAGUGAGUCCCUGUGAACUUUGCCGCUUAGUGACAUUUCCAUUCCUACUUUGCGUGUGCGAACUAUUAAAACUUUAAGUUCAUGAGAAUAUAAGAGUACUGUUAAGACUCGCGGAGGCCGAUGUUUUCAAGUAAAGGAACGUUAUAACAUCCAGUUACCUGCCUAUACUUAGGUCACCUGUGGCUCAUACAUGAGAUGUUAUGGGCUCCCGCGUAGUGAAGUGGCGCUGGUGGGUGGUGGUGAUGGCAUGGACGUGGGGUGUGGCGGCGCGCACGCUCUGCCCCGCGCGAUGCGCAUGCGACGACGCCUUGCGCGCCGCCUCCUGCGCCAACGCCAGCCUCGAGAUCGUGCCUAUCCAACUCAAUCCAGAGGCGACUCACAUCAAUCUCACACACAAUGCCAUCGACAACCUUCUAUACACGUUCGUCUUUUACACACAGCUCACUGUGCUCGACAUCUCUUACAACAAAGUAAUGGAUUUAGGUAGUAAAAACUUCGAAAACAACAUCGAAAUGAGAAAUUUGAAUUUAAGUCAUAAUUAUCUAAAACAAUUAGAUAAAGACACGUUCGUCGGUCUUAAAAGUCUCGUCGAUUUAAACCUAUCUGACAAUGAGAUUACGAACAUAAACGUGCAGACUUUCAAGGAUUUGACCAACCUGGAGAGACUCGAUUUAUCAAAUAAUAAACUUGUAACGUUCGAGCCGAAUACUUUUGAGCCACUGUCGUCGUUGAACACGCUGUCUCUGAAGAACAAUUCGAUAUUGGACGUGCCGUCUGAUAAUUUCGCAUUUGUUAUUCAACUGGAGUUUCUAGAUCUAUCCGAUAAUUUAAUACAGCAAAUAACAAGACACGGUAUACCUUACCUAAAGGAGCUUAAAAAUUUAGACUUGAAGAAUAACAUAAUUGAGAGCAUCGAUCAGUUAGGAUUGCACAAUCUGCCUUCGUUGCGCCAUUUGGAUCUUAGCGAUAAUAAUAUGACCUCGAUCCCGACAUCCGCUCUCUCUAAACUAUCAAACUUAUCCCAUUUGUAUCUAAGUGGGAACUUUUUUCAAAACGUUACGUCGCUUUCUUUCCAAAGUCUUUUCCUUUUAAAACAUUUACACUUAAGCCGCCUUUACGAGCUUGAAAAAAUCGAUUCGAGGGCUUUUGUUGAUAACAUAAACCUGCAGAAAAUAUGGAUGAACGAAAACGUUAAAGUGAGAGAAGUUCCGUCGAGAUUAUUUCAUGGAAAUCCGAAAUUGACCCACGUUUACAUGAGAAACAACGCUUUAGAGACACUAGAAGCGUCACAUUUUCCAAUAGACAGAUUGCAGGAGUUGGAAAUUUCUGGCAAUCCAUUUGUUUGCAAUUGUUCGUUACUGUGGCUGUGGAAACUUGGCAAAGAUAGCGAGAUUACUAUCAAGAAAUCUGGUAAUGCAAGCUCUAUUCUAAAAAUAGAUUACGAGGACAUGAAAUGUGCGUCGCCUUUGCAUUUGAAAGGCGUGUUGUUCGUUCAGAUCCCAGAGUCUGAAUUCGGGUGCUCAAGUGGGUGGGUGAUAGUAGCGGUGGUGGUGCUGACUGUGAGUAUCAUUAUAAGCGUGGUCGGUGGUGUUUUAUAUUUUAUGGGACCUUUGAAAAAGUGCAAAGGGGAUAAAUCAAAACAGAUCAUGACGAGUGUUAUGAUGAACGGUGAUGUUUCCAAACUAGGGAACGGUUUAGGGUACGCGACUCGCAGUAGAGAACAAGAAAAUAAACGCGACGUAGACCGAUAUCUAAUGAUCGGUUCGUCAGUGACUAAUAAUUUCCAUUCCCUGAAUCCUCCAUGGCAUAAUGCCGAUAAGAGCUCCUACUACCAAGAAGAUAGUGAAGAGCACAUCUAUCAACAGUUUGCAUAUGAAACGAUACCGCCUCACCGAACACCAGAAAAACCCCACAUAGUGUACGUCUAACAUAAACUGAGCGCAAAGUACAAUAUCGCGAGUAUAUUUUCUUUGCUAAUUAAUAUAAACAAAACUGAACUGUGCUAUCGUCCAGACGGCGAGGUAUAUUACAUUUGCAAUAAUGUACAUAGUGAUAUAAAUAAUAUGUGAUAGCUUUGUAUAUAGUCGUGUAAAUAUAUUAAUCGAUGCGGAUAAAAUAUUUUAGGCAUUCUCGAUUUUGUACUUAACUCCAUCAACUAAUGUUUAUACUUGAAGUUUCUUAUCUUUUCACUUGUAUUGUACCUGGAUGUAUAUUUGAUUUUGGUUUGUUUGUUAGUUCCUUGAGACUAUGGGUACUCAAAUAUGUUAAGUGCUAUGUAAUAUUCGUAAAAAUGUUCAUUACUAAAUGAUUAUGAUCGUGUGAAAUUGUACAUAUUUCUCUGAAUUAAAACACCAAUACUUGACGAAAACUUUGUACAAAUAUGAGCAAUAUAGAAUAAUUAUUUCAAAUAUUAUAAAUAUCUCGUUAAUUUUAUUCAUAAACAUUGUUAUAGCAUACUUAUUAGUUGUAUUUAGAGAUGAAAAUAAACGUUUUUCAUAUCUACCGUGCUUAACACAUUGAAUAUUUCGUAUACUACAUAUAAUAUUAAACAAUAAACCAGUUGCUCUGAUGGGAAGGGGUACAAAUUAUAUACAAUUUAUUGGCCAUUCAUAUAAAUUAAUUUAUCGAGAAUAAUUUAAUACAAUUACGUUAUAUAGAUAUUCUGAAAUUAAUAUUUUUAUACUUAGUAAAUAUGCAAGAGCGAUGUUCAAAAGUUUCUGAUAUCAUUUGUUCUGUCUCCUGAUCUGAUAUGAAAUAAUUAUUGUAUCGUGUAUUCAGAAUUGGUGCCAACUUUUGGGUUACUUCAAAUUAUUAGUUCAGGAGACCGACGAGGAGGCUUCAAAUCUUGUUUUUACUGACGUAUUGUUCGCAACGUAUCAAAUCGCAUUUGGCUAAAUUUGAAACCUAUGAAACCACCUACCUUAAAAACAUCGUAUAGUAGACUUGUGUAUUAUUAAUAAAGGUAUAUUAAUGAUUUAUUACAAUACAACGUCAUAAAACAAAUUAACAUAUAAGAAAUUGUUAUAAUAAUCUGAAUGAAUCAGAAACUUUCGUAGUUUCGCCAUUAUAAUGUUUCUAGCUGAAAAGAUAAUAAUUGCGAAUGUAAUAAUUUUUAUAAAAAUGCAUUUAUUCAUACGAAUUUCAUACCCAAAUUAUAACUAAACACAAUACCUAUACGAUCAAUGAUACCUACAGCCAUAAUGAUAGUAUAAGAAUAUUUAUACUUACUACUUAAAAACUUUUGUUAUGAAACUUAUUUAAAAUAUAUAAUGCAUUAAAACAAACGACAAAUAAACCAU